UGGUGUUCAAUGUAAUAGUAGCUUUGAUACAAAUCAGUCUUGCUGCUGCAACAUCAUCAUCAAAUAGUACACUCGUCCGAGAUGCCCUAGAACGAAAUAUGCACGAUAUUCUCGUGCUUAAUGAUAUGUUUCCUUCACUGGAAUCUGAAUAUACAGGGUUACGUAUCUACAGACGAAUCGAUCGAUGUAGUUGGUUGCAUGCCUGCAUAUGUCGAGAUGAAUCUAGAUAUACAAAUGGAGCAUACCGACUUAUGGUAAACUGCACACAAAGUGGUCUAGCGGAGGUCCCCUCUUUCUUCCCAAGCAACACAACUGUUCUCACACUAAAUGGAAACUCAAUACAAAAGAUCGAUUCGGAUGUUUUUAAUAAUUUAGCCGACCUGAAAUAUCUUGACCUAUCAGACAAUAGGAUUCGGAUAUUGAGUGCAAGUAUUUUUGUAGGACUCGAAAAUCUCCAUACACUUGAGCUAAGCGGGAACCAAAUUCGUUACGAUGGGCAAUCUUUAUCAAGUUUAGCGUUCAACCCGCUGAAGAAGCUAUAUCGUCUGAAUCUUCACCAGAAAUUAGAUGACAUAAGCAUAACUGAAAGGUACCCGACAAAUGCAUUGACACAACUCAAGCAGUUGAAGCAACUAUUGAUCGAUGGAAUUAAGCCUGACAAUGUUGCUACAGCCUUUUCGUUCAUGACAAACUUACGGUCACUUGACCUGAGUAGCGGGUUUGGUAGGUGCAAUUUAAAAAGUAUAGUUGCCGAUAUGUUCAAGAACUUAACAGGCGUUACUGAUUUGAAAAUAUGCAAUUGUAGCUUAGAGAGCGUUGAGAAAGAGGGUUUCUCUGAUCUGAACAGUUUGACCAGUCUUGACCUGUCCUAUAAUGAAAACCUGCAGUUUAAAAGUUUAGCUAACAUAACAUACGGUUUACAAGGCAACCAAAUGAGAGAUAUCAAACUGGUGAAAAUCCACGAGACAUUCGGUGAUUGCACACGAUUAGAAGCGGAGCAUCUCCUAUAUUUCAAGAACAUGGAAGUUGAAAAUGUGUAUCUCGAUAAUAAUCGCCUUGCAUACGUGAGCGAAGAUGCCGUGCAAUAUAUUCCUCGUAGCAUUCACAAGCUGUCUGUGACGAACAACAUGCUGCUAGCUGGUGAAUACAUUCACAAAAUCUUUGAAAAAUCUGUGUUUAGAAACCUAGCCUAUCUCACAAUGGCCGAGCAAAGUACGAAUAACGAUGCACUUAAGUUUUUUAACAACAAAACAAGGUAUAUGUUAAAAUCUAAAUUCAAAAUUAACACUUUCAAUGCUGUGUCAAUACCGGAAAAUGAUACUAGCGGUAAGAUUGGAAAUUACAAUCGAAACUAUACACAAAGUAAUCUAGUCGGAAAUAAAUUACUUCCCUUUUGCGGAAACUGUCACUUGAUGGGAAUAAGCUAUGACAUCAUUUUGUACUUUCCGGAAGAAUUAAGAGCCAUUGAUUUUAGCGGAUUGAGAAUUAGAAACGAAUUGAAAAAUAUUUGCAUUUGUGAACCAAAUUCCUUGAUGAGAAUCAACUUAGAAAGAAAUGUAUUCUGGAACUGGCAGAGUCCUAUAGGUGGGCUUUCCAACUUGCUAAAUCUUCAGCUGGCUUGGAAUUCCUGUGAUAAUAUGUCACAGGACGUUUUCGAUCAAAUGACGGGUUUGAUUGAACUGAAUUUAACACGAAAUUUCAUUGAGCGAUUUUUGCGUGAAGACACAGAGGGGCGCAUUUUCAAAAAUUUGAAAAUUCUUCAGUAUUUGUUACUUGCUGACUGUAAACUCCGGUAUCUUCCUCUGAAGUUGUUUCAAGGCCUAGUCUCUCUUAGAGGCUUGGACUUGUCGUAUAAUUUUUUGACGCAAAUUGAUGUUCAAUUUAGUGGUAGUUCACCUCUACAAUACUUAGACCUAAGUAACAAUAUUUUAAACAAAAUUGGAGCAAAGGUCAUGCAAAAAUUUGACAAUACUGCUAAAAUGAAUUUUUCUUUUGAUAACUUUUAUAUUGACCUGUCCAACAAUAAGCUGUCGUGUUCUUGUAAUGAUAUCGAUUUUAUUGAAUGGGUUUCACGUACAAAAGUUCAAUUCAUUGAUUUUAAUAUUGUUGUUUGUAUGUAUAAAAAUGGUAAACCAAUGAAAUUGCGGAAGGCAUCAGCUAUUUAUAGCGAUCUUUUGAAGGAUUGUGCCGAUUAUACAACCUUAAUCAUAUUUUCAUCUUUAGGACUAGUUCUUUUUCUAAUCAUUACUCUUUGCGGUAUGAUAUAUCGAUACAGAUGGGAUCUCAGAUAUUUUUAUUACUCGAUUAAACUGAGAGUGAACGGGAACAAAAUACUUAUCAAUCAAGGUGAUGAUUUAGACUUUAUGUUUGAUGCGUUUGUUUCAUACGCAAGCGAAAACGCCAGGUUUGUGAAGAAUGAUUUGGUUCCACAACUUGAAGACAGGCGUCGUCUGCAGCUUCUGGUACAUGAUAGAGAUUUCAGAGCGGGAGAAUUCGUUAAUGACAACAUCAUGCAGGCGAUAGCGUCUUCACGGAAGACACUCAUUUUAAUGAGUAAAGAUUUUCUUAAAAGUGAAUGGUGCAUAUUUGAAAUGAAUAUGGCAAGAAUGGAAAGUAUCAAAACCGGAAGAAAUGUCGUCUGCUUGGUGAAAUUGGAAGACUUUCCGGUUGAAGGACUGCCGUUGGAGAUACUUGACAUUAUACGUCAACAGACUUACAUUGAACGACCCGAAAAUGAUGACCACAUGGAUAUGUUUUGGGACAGAGUACAAAAUGCUUUGAAAUAAUUGAAAUUGUGUGACAUUUUUCUUCGCUUAAAUAUUGUUCUGAUUUCAAUGAAUUUGUAAUAAGCAUGUCAUUUACAUAGCAUUGCACAUGCUUUUGCUGCAUUUAUUACCGCAUAUCAUACAUGUAUUAAUCUGACUCUUCGGUUUAAUUAUCAAAUCGUUCGUAAGUAGUAUCACAAUGCUAGAUCUAUAUCUUAAUAUGUUGUAUUUAAGUAUCUGGUAGUAUAGAGCGCUUACAUAACUAUGUCUUGUUGUUGUUGUUGCGAUCA